UGCAUUUUUGUUGUUAUUAAAGCUCAGCUCGGAUGUGGAAUAACUUUUAUUAGUAUAUUUAUACCGUUUAAUUAAACGUAUUGGAGCUGUGAAAGUGCAACAAUUGUGCUUCAAAAUGCGUCAGUUCAACAUCUCGGUCAUUGGACUAUCCGGUACCGAAAAGGAUCGCGGCCAGGUGGGUGUGGGCAAGUCAUGCCUGUGCAACAGAUUCAUGCGGCCGAUGGCCGACGACUACUUCAUCGAUCACAUAUCAGUGCUCAGCCAGAGCGACUUCAGCGGCCGGAUCGUGAACAACGACCACUUUCUGUACUGGGGCGAGGUGCGCAAGACCACGGAAGAGGGCGUCGAGUACAACUUCAAUAUCAUCGAGCAGACAGAGUUCAUGGAUGACUCCACAUUCCAGGCCUUCAAGGUGGGCAAAAUGGAUCCCUAUUCAAAGCGCUGCACCGCCACCAAGGUCUUCUCGGCGGAGAAGCUCAUGUACAUAUGCAAGAAUCAGCUGGGCAUCGAGAAGGAGUACGAGCAGAAGGUGAUGCCCGAUGGGCGGCUGAGCAUCGACGGUUUUGUCGUGGUGUUCGACGUCAGUCCCGUGCCAAACCGCAGCGUGGAGAAGCAGGUGGAGUUCGUUCAGAAUGUGAUCGCCACCAUUGUGAAGAACAAGAAGCCGCUCGUCCUGGUGACCACCAAGAACGACGACGCGUACGAGCUGUAUGUGCGCGAGGCGGAGAAGAUCAGCCAGCGGAAGGACUACAAGAGCACGGUGCAACUGAUCGAGACGUCGGCCCACGAGAGCAUCAACAUCGACUUAGCCUUCCUCAUGCUCGCCCAGAUGAUCGACAAGGUGAAGAAUCGAGUGAAGAUCAUCUCGUACCAGGAGUCGGCCAAGUCGCGCAAGGAGCUGCUGGACACUAGAUCGGAGGCCGUCACACGGCUGAUACGCAACCAGAUCACCGACUAUCACAUCCUCUGGUCGCAGGGCUCCAAGAUGCUCUCCCAGUACCGCGAGUGGAACGAGUUCUUGAACAUAUUCGGCCACGAGGCAGGCCAGAAGCUCUUCCGCCGCCACAUGAAGAAGCUGCGCGAUGACCACCUCAAUAAGAAGCUCCACCAGUAUCUGGUCAAGUUCGCCUUGGCCCUCGAGUACAUGCUGCCGGAUAUCGGGGCCCUGAACAUCAUCGAUGACGAUGCCUGGGACUGUGCCCGCAACUAUCUGCAGAACCACAUUGAGUUCGAGCAGUACUUCUUUGAGUGCCCUCAGGCCUCCUGGACCGAGCUGGUCGACAUGGACGAGGCCGAGGACGAGGCGCGCAUCCCCUUCGAUGUGCUGGAGACCUCCGAGGCAGAGACAGUAUUCCGAAAUUAUCUGAAUUCCGUGCAGCAGGACAAGAAGAAGAUUGGCUGGAAGCAGCAGUUCAAGAUGCUGCUGGAGGAGUCCGGGUUUGUCACGCCUGGCAAGCAACUGUCCGAGGUGCGCGUCCUGUUCAUGGGUCGUGAGUGCUUUGAGGCCCUCUCCGAGCACGACUGCCAGCAGAUUUACGAUAUCCAUCAGGACGAGAUCAUCGAGAAGAGCAAACAGAACUUUGUCGAGCUGCUGCUGGAGCACGCCCAGUACUUUCUGCAGUUCAAGAACGUUGACAUUAUCACGCAAGAGGAUGUGCGCCAGAUCACGGACGUCAUCCAGGAGGACUCGCGCUACAAGAUGCUCGACCGCUUGGACCAGGAGCGGCGGGUGAUGCUCGUCCAGCAUCUGCGCUUCAUCCACUGCCCCAUACGCGACCAUUGCCCCUUUUUCAACAACUGUGUGGACAGCGUGAUCGAUGAGGUUCUCUCCGACAAGUCGACCACAAGCAACCACAAGACUCCGGGGGGAGUGGGCGUGGGCGUGGGAGUUGGAGUUGGUGUCGGUGGUGGCUGGAAGACGACUGGCAAUGGUAGCGAUCGGACGCUUAAUCUGCUGAUCGUCGGAUCGGAGCACCUGGCCAGCGAUUUGCUCAACGACAUCCGCAUCUGCACGGGCAGCAAGGGCGAGUACAUCUACGAGAAUCAAACGUACUAUCUCAACUAUCGCAUAGCCAACGGGGACAUGGAGGCCUUUAAGGCCAUCGAUGUCUAUUCGAGUGGCCUCAUCUGCGUGUACUCCAAUCAGCAGUCGUUCGAAACGCUCAAGGACAACCUGGAACGGACGCUUCUGUGCAACCUGGAGCUGGAGGAUAAGUUCGAAAAUCUGCCCAUUGUGCUGGUAUACCAGCCGCAGGACCUCAAGGAGAACGAGGUCGAGUAUCUGCGUAGCGAGGGGAUGCGUCUCUCGGAGAUGCUGCACUGCGAUUUCAUCGAUCACACGCAGAACCACCAGAAGUACGUCUACGACAUUCUGAACAUUGUCAUCCUGUCGUUGAAGCUGACCGAGAUGAAGAGCUACGAUCCGUAUCCCUCCAACCACACCGAUCUCCGCAUCCUGUGCUGCAUCUUCUGCGGCGAUCAGUACGAUAUCGAGAACAUUGUCCAGCCACUGGUCGCCGAAUCGACGCUUGUGAAGGCCAGCGAGCACUCGAUCAUUGUCGAUGUGUUCAUUGGGGAUGCCAAGCGGCGGGUGGAGUUCAUAAUCUCCUCCUACCAUGGCACCAACCAAUAUCGGGAUGAGCUCAUCCACGGCUACAUCUACUUUUACUCGGCUAAGCGUCGCUCGUCCCUGGCCAAUCUCAGCAUUUUGGCCGCCCAGAAUGCCAACAUUCCGUUGCAGCUCAUUGCGGUGACGGAGAGCGGAGGCGUCAAUGCGUUCUUUAACAGCGAUAUCUGUCAGUUUCUCAUUACCGAAGGCAAUGCCCUGGCCGAUCGCUUCAAGGGGAGUUUCAUGACAUUCUCAGCGGAUCAGUAUGUUAAAUUUGCAUUCUAUAAUCCAUUCCUGAAGACCGCCUGGGACAACAAGUACGAGGUGGAGAACCUGCAUGUGGAGGAGUCAAUUACUUUAGAUUCGGGCGAGGGCACGCUGGAGAGCUCGGUGAACCAGAUGCCACGCCCACCGCCCCGCCACGAGAGCUAUAUGCUGUCGAACACAUUGGGCACCGAUGGUUCCGGCAGUGAGAAUUACGAAAUGCUUCCUACCCGAUCUCUCAACUCAUUAAAUGAAGAAAGAGAUAUAUCAUUAGAUGAAAUCUACGACGAAAACAACGAAAAGCCCAAGCACCUGCACCAAAAAUGGCUGGAGGACAAGAGCGAUGGGCGACGCAACAUGAACAAGAACUCGAUAUGGAACAACUUCAGUGGCUCCACACACGCCUACACCACGGGCCGGCGGCACAUUGACUCCAAUCUGAACAAGAUCCGUCCGAAGGGUCCCAGCCAAACGCUUAAGGUGGGCGAGGCGCCCAGCCGCAACUGCCCGGCGAUGAGCUCCUCCACCUUCACGCUGCCCACACAGCCGCCGGGCAAGCUGAACAUGAAAAACUUCCAGCUGGUCAGCGAGGCGGUGGCCAAGAUGAACUUCACGGGCUCAGGAUCCGGGUCGGGCUCCGGCUCCGGCUCUGGGUCGGGCACUGGCCUGGGCCUCUGCACCGGCAGUGGCAGCAUGGCCGACUCGUAUCUGGGCGACUGUGAGCCUGUGGGAAAGGAUGGCAAGCGGUAUGAUCACGCCCAGUUAGAUGGCGAGGACGAGGACUCCGAGGAACUGGCCGAGUACGAGCAGAUAUAUGAAAACGAAGACUGCACCGAGUCGGAUAGCUGCGCCAGCUCCACAGAGCGACGAGUGCGCCAACAGAAUGCCUACUACAAGGCCAACAGCAAGGCGAGCAAGGCCAGUGCCAAGAAGCAGAAGAAGAAGAAGGUGGCCAUACCCGUGCAGACGCCGAGAGUGCCGCCCUUUGGCUCGUAUGUGAGUCCGCCGGAGAUUCCCCUGCACUAUCAGCGCAUGGCCGUCGUCGGAGCAGAGAAAGCCGAGGCUGGUGUGCCGGAGUUCAUGAAGAGCGACAAAUCCCCAGAGUAUUCCAUGGUGCCGGAGCUGACUACAGCUGGGAUCUUUGGCGCUGAGAAUCUGCCCGAGUACAACAUGAAUGCCAAAUGCCUGAAGGACUUUGAGAAGCUCGAGAAGAGGCGCAUCAAGGAGGAGACGGCACGCCUGCGCAAGCUGCAGGAGAAGGAGAAGGAACAGGAGAAGAAGCUCAAACGAAAGCUCAAGCAGAAUGCCAAGGGACUGGCCGAGUCCGUGGAGGCGCAGUUCGGGAAGCUAAUGAUCAGCUCCGACCAGGGCGAGAUACCCAUUUUCCUGAACAAGUGCGUAGAGUUUAUCGAGAAGGAGGGACUCGACUCGGAGGGCAUUUACCGGGUUCCGGGCAGCCGGGCGCAUGUCGAUAUGCUAUUCCAGCGAUUCGAAGAGGAUGUUCACACCGUCAUCGAUGUGCUGGACAUACCCGUCAAUGCCGUUGCUACAGCUCUGAAGGACUUUUUCUCCAAGCGCCUGCCGCCUUUGUUUAGUAAGGACAUCAUCAAGGAGCUGGAAGAGAUUGCUGGCUCUCGUGGAGUUGGCUCCUCCAAGUUGAACGUGGAGGUGAAAACGGAUCGCAGCUGCCGCUUGAUAGCUUUAAAAUCGCUGCUGCAGAAGCUGCCCCCCAUCAAUUUUUCCAUACUCAAAUACAUAUUCCAGCACUUUGUGCACGUCUCCGACAACUCCAAGCUGAACAGCAUGGACAGCAAGAACUUGGCUAUCUGUUGGUGGCCCACCUUGAUACCCAUCGACUUCACCGACAUGGGCCACUUCGAGCAGCUGCGUCCCUAUCUCGAGGACAUUGUCCAGACGAUGAUCGACCAGUUCCCCUAUCUAUUUUGCGGAAAGGAUGCGUUUGUAAUGGUCUAGACAUUCGACCAACAACAACAACAAAACAACAACAACAGAUCCUAGAUAGACUCAAUGUUCGCAUGCAGUGUGUGUGUGUGUGUGAGGUGUGUGCCAUGUAUGCGUAUGUGUGGUAUGUGUGUGUGAAGCAUGGAUGAAAAUGAAAGAGAUAGAGCCAUUGAAAUUGAAAGGAAGAAUGAAAAAUAAAAGGCAGCCCAUCGAUCGAUCGAUUCAUUUUGUGGAGUAGGUGGAGUCUGAGAGCAG